CUGAGUUACUGGUUAUUAAACUGGGAAUGCCAUGAAAUACUCCGGCUCACAGACCGACUCGCCGCCCAUGCUCGGGCGGAUGCGGAGGAUCAGGACGCAGGAGAAACCGGCAGGUCCGCUCAGUCCUAAAACAACACUGGAAACCACACAAGCGGGCUCCCCUUGGCUUCAGCGGGUCUCCGUGUUCUGCGGUGCUUGGCGCUGCGUCUUGCAGAUUUCUCAGACACUCUUGUUGAGGAAGCAGGAAGCGACAGAAACACGCAGUGGUCCUCCUCCUGCUGCUGCUGCUGAAGCCUUCUGGUGGUGAAGUGUCCGAUCCGUGUGUGUCCGCAGUGUACUCAGAGUGUGAAGCAAUUUAUUUUGCGUCAAUAAAAAGAAUUAUUAAUUGUUUACGACAAGGACUUCUCACAUGACAUCAGCUAGAGCCCCUGGGCCAGAUUCAUAAAUACUAAGAUCAUCAGUCCAUGGUUCCCUAAUGCUUUUAAUAGACUAAUACAUUUAGGUCCACAAGUAUUUGGACAGUGACAGUGUUCUUAGUUUUUCCUCUGUUCACCACUACAGUGGCCUUUCAAACAGCCAUGCUAUAAUUAAAGUACAAAUUCCUUAUAUUUAAAGUUAUGUUAGUUUGUCCCUUUACUAUUGAGCAAUAUGAUUAAAAAUGGCGGCACUUCCUAAACAGUUAAUGCAGUACUUUUGUGAAAUCCCUUGACUUAAAGCUGAAAGCCUGCACAGAAUUGUAUAUAUAUCACUGAAAGACAUUCUGCUAAAUGAGCUUCUUUACCUUCAAUCAAUGUACUUUGCGUGCAUGCUGGAUUUUAACUAUACUAGUUUGACUUUUUAAAAUACUUUGAGUAUUCACUUGCAUAACCACUCUCUGUUUAUUUUAACACAGUAUAUUACCUAAAAUUAUUCAAAGUAUUUCAACAAUUCCGCUGUUGGGCACAAGGUGUCCCCUUCUUCGUUAUUUUCAGUGUGUUUGGAGGUUUCAAGUUUCCAAAUCACACGUGACUGGCUUCCACACUAGUUAUGUCACAAAGUUCCUGCUCCUUGAAGAUGAGCACGGAGAAACCUCCCUCCUCCAGCAGAUGACCGUGAAAACAGCCUGAGUGCACAUAGUUUACCACAGCGAGGCUCAAGCAUCCACGUAUAUACAUUUGACUACAUGGCCUUUGAGGACGUAUACAGCCUCUCAUUCAACGAUCAUUUAAUACUAGCAGCUUCAAUGUGUAGGGGGCUCUCCUACCUGCCUUCCUCAUGUCUGGAGAAGGCAAAAGAGAUGCGGGUGAAGCUAAGCCACCUGGCUGAGACCCACCACAAGAACAAGACUCAGGACGGAAGAAUUCUGCAAGACUUGGAAACUCUGCUGAACAGCAAAAGUGGUUUGCAGGCCUUUCGGGCGUUCCUGCGCUCCGAGUUCAGUGAGGAGAACCUUCAGUUCUGGCUGGCUUGCGAGGACUACAGGGUUUCCCCUUCAAACCUGCAGAAGAACAAGGCCUGCAGCAUCUACAGCCAGUUUAUCAACCCUGACGCUCCACUGGAGGUAAACCUGGAUGCUGAGACCCGGGAGGCUCUGCUGAGUGUGAUGGACUCUCCAUGUCCCAACACAUUCAACAAAGCACAGCAGAGGAUCUACAGUCUGAUGGCCAAGGACUCCUUCCCUCGUUUCCUGCGCUCACAUCACUGCAUGGAGGCCGUUAAGGCUUUUUAAACAUGCUCAGAUUAGUACUAGACCUGCUUUAGAAAUAAGUGCUGGUGAAUCUGUACUGCUUCAAUUGUUGAUUGUAUUUUAGCAAUUAAUCUAACAUAUGUGAGCAUGUUAACCAUAAGGUAGUGCUGUCCUUAUAUGCACAGUAUACUAUCAGUAAGCUUUAAGUCUAAUGUUGUAACCUCAUAACUAUCAAACUUAAAUGUAGAUGUUGCACCUCUGCAUGGCUACAAAUUAAAUCUAGCAAAAGGAUUUAAAUAAAUACCUCAUAACAGAGAA